AUGAAGGAACGCAACCCCGUAUACAUGGAGCCAGCGCAGCACGAAGAAAUGCCCAUUCUAAAUCGUGAAUCAAGCCUACCACGAGAAGGAGCGGUAUCUCCGAUGUUGGAACAUCCACGUCACCUCCUCGACCGUCGUCUUCACGUCGAUCCACGUCAUAUCCACAUCAUCUCCACGUUGCCCCGAUACCACAACGAGUGGUCUCCAUCAGUAUCGCUGAAAGAAGUCGCGUCAACCAGUCGCCCCGGAGCAGUCGCCUCACCAGUUGCCAGACCGAUCGCCUCAACUUGUGGAUCGCCUCGACUUGUGGAGACAACCAGUCGCCCUGCUGCCGCCGCUAGAGCCGAUACCCAUCGCAUCGUCAUAUGGAUCGACGUAGCACUGGGUGUGUCGCUGUAUGCUCCAGGAGCUGCCAUUGCCGGCGUGCCCCGGUAUACCCGUAAAUCAGCGGAAAUGAUGAAUGGAACCAACACGAGCUCUCCGAACACAACGGGAGCGAUAGCUUGCAUGCUCUCCAAACUGCGCUCUGAAAAUAUUCAGCGGACACCAUAUCGGGUUCGCCUCGCGUUGGAGAACACUGCUGCUGGAAGUGUGAACGAAGAAGCAUUUGGUGGAGGUUACGGUCUAGUCCAGGUGAAGUCAUCAAUUCCAGACAAUACCGGCACGUUUGAUCUCGCCAUGGAAAUUUCACUGCAAUCUGAAGGCGAAUUGUUGGAGUUUCCUCGUACGUUUUUGUUAACUGCUGGAGAAGGUCACUUUGUCGUGAAAGUCGAUCCAGCAGCUUUUUCGCGUGGAGAAUUUGCUUACACGAGGAAUAUAAGGCACAGAGAUAUAAUGGCUGAAGAAAUAUGUAAUUCGGACCUAUUUCAACGGUCAUGGAGGUGGGAGGGAGAUGGGGACGGUGGUACUAUGCGGAGGGAAGCAUUUAGAAAGAUUGUGGGACUGUGUGAGGACAACCACGACUUAGGUCCCCCGUUCCGCGUCCCAAUUACGGUGAUCAGCCCUGAAGAAGUUUCAAGCGAAAAUGAUUGU